AUGCCUACUACGUCAUCCUCCAUCCAAAAAGCGCGGCCUGCAUCGCUUGCUUGUGCAGAAUGUCGAAAACAUCACCUGAAGUGUGACGGCAGGCAACCAUCUUGCUCUCGAUGCUCAUCCGCGCGCCUUGAUUGUGUCUUUAUCCCAUCUCGUCGAGGAGCGAGGCGAAGGCAGGGAAACACCGCGUAUACCCAGCGUGAUGCUUCCGCCAGCCCAAAUCCCAGCAGGCCAGCACAAAGCCAACCUUUUGAAAGAAUGCCUGAGCGUGACCUUUUGAGCAAAAACUCUCAGUCUUUGGAUAACUCUAAUGAUCUCCGGAGCCCUGCAGGCAUGCCUGAAACCAUAGUACCCGAGUCGCGAUUAGUUCGCCUCUUCUACGAACACUUUCAUCCAGCCCAUCCAAUUCUCGUCCCUGCUUCUCUUUACGGGAAAUGGGAAUACCCACCUUACUUACACCAAGUCGUGAAGUUUAUAGGGAGUCAUUACUCAGUGGUACUUGAUAAUGAUAUAUUACAAGAAUCCACUUGGUCGGUCUUGAGCGCCACUAAAGAGAGGACCUCUCACAUGGUUCAAGCUCUUCUACUAUACUCGACAAUCAUGCGCGCGCGCAAUGAUACUGCACAGACCGAAGCUUCUUUGAGUCAAGCGAUCGACAUCGCCAUAGAGCUUGGGAUGAAUAGACGAGACUUUGCGACUACGUUCUCAGGCGGAAAGCAACACGAAGCCGAAAGUCUGCGGCGUACUUGGUGGGGGCUUUUCAUGUGGGAGAUCAAUAUGGCUGUGAUAGAUCGGAAAAUCACUCUGCGAUGCAGUGCCAUUUUCUCUGACGUGUGUUUGCCAUGCGAGGAAUCGACUUACGCGUCUCUUCAACCAAUCCCAGAGCCACAAUCGCUCGCGUCCUUCAGGACAAGGAUAUUUACAGAUGGCGAGGCUGGAAAUUUCUCCUCCUUUGCAUAUUGCAUUGAAGCGGUUCGCAUACUUGCCCGUGUACUUGUCCUUAACGGGCUGCCCGAUGCAGACCAAGAUAAUUUGCAAGCCGUUGCAAAUACACUCGUCAGCUGGAUUCACCAUUUGCCCCAACAAAAGGUUGACAUUGUAGACAUGUACGGAAGUAUUGAUGAGAUGUUAUUCCAAGCGCAUUUCACAAUACAAUAUGCCGCUAUGAUCUUACAUCUACCUCGCGGUAACCUUCGGACAAAGUCCCCUGGCUCUACAUUUUGGACUUGUCCCGUGACCCUAUUCCGUCUUUCCCCUUCAUUAACACGUCAUGUGCACGAUGUGAAAGCUAUUGAAGCUUCUAAAAAGCUGUCAAACCUCUUAUCUGUGCGUGCUGGUGCGCAGGGGUAUAGUCCCUCCGUUGUCUUUGGAUCAUUGCUGUGUGGCCUUGUUCAAUUAUCUGCCACAGAAAUGCAUGGAUCGGAGUGCGCAGAUCAUCAUCAAAAUAGGGUUGUUCUGGUUCUUGGAUGCCUCAAGCUCCUCAAGGACAAAUGGUCUUUGGCUCAAGUCGCGUACUUUCAUCUCAGGACUACAGCCGCCGAGAUGAACACGGCCUCUACGGAAUAUUCGCCAUUUGAGAGUAAAAACACGCCAACUCAGCCAACCGAGCCCAUGCUUAUGGAGAAUGCUAUAUCCAGUCCCAUGUACGAUAUUGCGAUGAAUGAUCAAUUUUCGUCAAGGCUUUUAUCAGAAUACACGGAUGCUGCCUGCGGUGAGGUGUUUCCCUUGUUUCAAAUGUUUAAUACUGAAAAUCUACCAAACAACCUUAAUCAAUGA